GAAACCUCAAAUCACAAUAAACCUAUGAAGAUUCACAUGGGAGAGAAAUUAUAUUCAUGUUCUGAAUGUGAGAAAUGUUUUAAUCGAAUGUCAUCUUUAAAGAGACAUCAAAUGAUUCACACAGGAGAGAAAUCAUAUUCAUGUUCUGAAUGUAGGAAAUCUUUUAAUCGAAUGUCAUCUCUUAAGCAACAUCAAAGGAUUCACACUGGAGAGAAACCAUUUUCAUGUUCAGAAUGUGGAAAAGGUUUCAGUGACUCUUCCGCUCGUAACAAACAUCAAAGGAUUCACACAGCAGAGAAAUAUUCAUGUUCUGAAUGUGGGAAAUGUUUUGCUCAAAUGGUAAAUCUCAAGUCACAUCAAAGGAUUCACACAGGAGAGAAACCAUUUUCAUGUUCAGAAUGUGGGAAAUGUUUUGCUCACUUGAUGUCUCUUAAGACACAUCAAAGGACUCACACAGGAGAGAAAUCAUAUUCAUGUUCUGAAUGUGGGAAAUGUUUUGCUCAAAUGGUAAAUCUCAAGUCACAUCAAAGGAUUCACACAGGAGAGAAACCAUUUUCAUGUUUAGAAUGUGGGAAAUGUUUUGCUCACUUGAUGUCUCUUAAGACACAUCAAAGGACUCACACAGGAGAGAAAUCAUAUUCAUGUUCUGAAUGUGGGAAAUGUUUUGCUCAAAUGGAAAAUCUCAAGUCACAUCAAAGGAUUCACACAGGAGAGAAACCAUUUUCAUGUUCAGAAUGUGGGAAAUGUUUUGCUCACUUGAUAUCUCUUAAGACACAUCAAAGGAAUCACACAGGAGAGAAAUCAUAUUCAUGUUCUGAAUGUGGGAAAUGUUUUGCUCAAAUGGAAAAUCUCAAGUCACAUCAAAGGAUUCACACUGGAGAGAAACCAUUUUCAUGUUCAGAAUGUGGAAAAUGUUUCGAAUGUGGAAAAUGUUUCCGUGACUAUUCCUCUCGUAACACACAUCAGAGGAUUCACACGGGAGAGAAACCGUUCUCAUGUUCUGUAUGUGGGAAAUGUUUUGCUCAAAUGUCCGCUCUUCAGGCACAUCAAAGGAUUCACACUGGAGAGAAACCAUUUUCAUGUUCAGAAUGUGGGAAAUGUUUCAGUCAAUUGAUAAAUCUUAAGACACAUCAGAGGAUUCACACAAGAGAAAAAACUAUUUCUUGUUAAGAAUGUGUGAAAUGUUUCAUUGUUCUAUGCUACACUCCAAUUAAUACAUUAUUUGGAAAUAAGAACCAUUGAAUGCUACCCUGCACUACUGCGCCGUGUGCCCGUCCACCUACAAAUUUGCCUUCAGAAGAGCAGGGGGUAAAACAAAAUACCAGGGGUGGCCAAACUUCAUACCUGUAAGAGCCUCAU